AUGCCGCCAUACGUUCCCCGCAAGCGUUUCUCCGAUGAAGACCCGCCCCCAGCUAAACAUCAGCGUCGGGCCCGAACUGAUAAUGCCAAGUCUUCUGACACAAUUCCUGACUCUGAUGCCGACUCUGAUGCCGACUCUGACUCCUCAUUAAGUGAAGUACCCGAGGAGGAUAAUACACCUCAAGCACCCACAGCUAUCGCAGCUACAGAUGACUCUGACGAAGAAUAUGGAGAUGAUGACGAGGUUGACUGGGAAGACGCGAUUGGUCCUGAUACUAUGAGCGCGACAACCCCUUCGCUCGCUGUACCAGAAAUAAAGGAUCUAGAGUUGACUCUAGAAAAGAAUGAAUCACACGCACCUGAGACUUUGGAUAGUAAGAAAGGCCCAAGCAAGAUUGAACGUCAUAUCCGCAUCCAGACGCACUGUAUGCAUGUUCAGUGCCUACUUUUCCACAAUACCAUUCGCAAUUCAUGGGUCAACGACGCCGAAGUUCACAAAACCCUGCGUGAUAAAUUAUCAAUACCAGUUCAGAAUGAGGUGAAGAGAUGGCGGAUCGCAUCGGGAUUAGAGAAGCCCGAGCCUAAGCCCGAGCCCCCCAAGAAGAGGAAGAAGGGAAAGGCUCCGAAGACUCAGGAUUGGGCUGAAGAUUCUGAGCGCUUGGAACCGGGUCAGCCAGAUAUGAGUCGAGGUGAUCCCAUCCUUUCUCUACUGAAGGUUCUGGCUGCAUAUUGGGAAGAUCGAUUUGACAUCACAGCCCCAGGGUUAAGGAAACAGGGAUACCGACCAGUCUCCUCACUCGAAGCUAUAUUGAAUCAGUUCAAAGAGGAAAGUGACCCAGAACUCCAUGGGGAACGUAUCGCCGAUAUCGAUGAAUUUCGUGCAUCAGCUAAAAAUAUGAAGGGCUCUAGAGAUCUUGGCGCACAGCUAUUUACUGCCUUAAUUCGAGCACUAGGAAUCGAGGCCAGGUUGGUCGCUAGUCUACAACCCUUGGGAUUCGGCUGGACCAAAGCUGAGAUACAUACACCACCUAAGGUGAAGGAAGAACCUCGAGCCGAACCAGGAUCAGGGUCGGGGUCGGAUUCAGAGGUAGACAGUAUGUCUGAGUACAAGAUUGUUACAAAGAGUCAAAGGAAAAAGUCUUAUGAUGGGGACAUGCCAUUUCCUAUUUACUGGACUGAAGUGGCAUCUCCAAUCACGAAUGAAAUCAUCUCGGUGGACCCUUUAGUACUUAAAAACCCGAUUGCGCCCACACCGGAACAGAAAGCGACAUUUGAGCCGCGUGGCAUCAAAGCUGACCGUGCGAAGCAAGUGAUCUGCUAUGUAGUCGCGCACUCAGCCGACGGCACUGCAAAAGACGUGACUACGCGAUACUUACGACGGCAAACAUGGCCUAGCAAGACCAAAGGGUUUCGAAUACCCGUAGACAAAAUUGCAAUCCCAGGCAAACGAGGAAAAUACAUCGAAUUCGACUGGUUCCGGGUGACGAUGCGCAGAUACGAAAGAGACCCCUCGAAAAGAACCCAGGUAGAUGAGAUUGAAGAUGCAAAAGAUCUCCAACGAAAACAACCCGAAAAGAAGAAGUCAACACAGACAGGAGACACGCUAACAACCCUUCGUACAUCGACCGAGUUUGUCUUGGAGCGAUUUCUGCGCCGCGAGGAGGCGCUGAAGCCAGGAGCAGAGCCAGUCCGCACCUUUGUCGCUGGAAAAGGCGCUCGCGCCAAGGAAGAAUCUGUUUAUCUGCGCGCAGACGUUGUUAAAUGCCUGUCGGCAGAGAGCUGGCAUAAGGAAGGGCGGCAGAUUCAGACGGGGGCUGUACCUCUGAAAAGAGUACCGAUCCGAGCAGUGACCCUGGUGCGCAAGCGCGCGGUGGAAGAGAUGCAACGUGAAACAGGAGAGAAGCCGAUGCAGGGUCUAUACUCCGUUGACCAAACUGAGUAUAUCAUCCCGCCACCGAUCCAGGAUGGAGUCAUUCCUAAGAACAACUAUGGAAACAUGGAUUGUUUUGUCCCGAGCAUGGUGCCUCAGGGUGCCGCCCAUGUCCCCCUGCCCGGUACUGUACGAGUGUGCAAGAAACUAGGCAUUGACUACGCCGAGGCAGUCACGGGCUUCGAAUUUGGAUCUAAAAUGGCUGUCCCUGUGAUUCAGGGCGUAGUAGUUGCAGCUGAGAACGAAGGUCUGCUUCGCGAUGCUUGGAAAGUCGAAACUGCUGAAAAGCACAAGCGAGAAAAGCUCAAAGCAGAAAAGCUUGUUUUUCAAACAUGGCGUAAGAUUCUGUUUGGACUACGCAUUGCCGAGCGUGUUCGUGAGGAGUACGGCGGCCAAGAUGGAGAUGAAGAAAAAGAUGCUCGCAACCCUUUCUCGUCGCACAAGACCAAGACACAGGAAGAAAAUAGCCACACGGCUUAUCAGGAAAAAGAAUCACAUGAUCCUGCCGAUUAUGGUGGAGGUUUUCUCCUUCCAGGAGAGGGCGAGGACGAUGUUGUCGACCAUGGUGGCGGGUUUCUCCUCCCAGGCGAGGGCGAGGACGAACACGAAGAAGGUGAUCUGAUUGUUGAGCACAAUUCUUUUGAAAAACGAGGCAAUGCGUCUCGUGCUGGGCCUGCACAUAUGAUCGAGGUCGGAGACUCAGAUGAAGCAUUGUCGCCUCCAGUAUCAGUUUCAUCUCCAUCAGACAAUGAUAUUGCAGAUUCUGAAUCCGAUUAUGCGCCUCUGCCUCGAAACCCGCACCGUCGUCGCCGAGGUGGUUGA